AUGAGUAAUCUGACUGAUAGCAGUAAAAAUAACACGGGUAAGCAACUGUAUUCAUGCAAUGUAUGUGACAAGUUUUUCAAACACAGAAGUAGUCUGGCGGUACACCGGCGGAUACACACAGGUGAGCGACCACAUAAAUGCAAUGUAUGUGGUAAAUCGUUUGCACAAAGUGGUAAUCUGGUGAUACACCAGAAAAUACACACAGGUGAGCGACCGCAUCUAUGUAAAAUAUGCGGAAAGGCAUUUCCAGUUAUCGCGUCACUAAUGACACACCAAUGGACACACACAAAUGAUAAACCAUAUUCAUGUGAUGAGUGUAAAAUGUCGUUUUGCACAAAAGCAAACUUAGCGAAUCAUCAAUGGAAGCAUACGGGUAUAAGACCAUACAUGUGUAAUAUUUGUGACAAGUUUUUCACGCAAAAAGGUACUCUGAACACACACCGACGAAUUCAUACGAAUAAGCAACCACAUCUGUGCAAAAUUUGUGAAAAAUCAUUUACCAGUAAAGGAAAUUUGAAAAAACACCAAUGGAAACACCGGUGUUGGAAACCAUACCCGUGUGAUGUAUGUGAAAUGUCAUUUAUCUUUAAGAAAGAACUAAAUAAGCACCGGCAGACGCACACAGGUGAAAGAUCGUUUGCGCGGGACUUAUGUGACAGAUCGUUCACACAAACAGACAAACUUAAGAGGCACAAAUCUAGUCACAUGGGUUCUCAGAUGCUUUGCCCUUUGGAUGUAUGUGAAGUAUUGUUUAAUAGUAAAAAAACUGACGAGGUACUUGCAGAUGCAUCGACAGAUUUGACCGUAUCUAUAUCACAAGUAGUUUUAAAAUGA